AUGACUAAACUGGGAACUGAUAGUGAUAUGUUAGACAAAUGUGACAAUUGUGGCAAAAAAGACGACAAUAAUGAAACAAAUCGUGAAUCGAUGUCAAAGAUUAAUGAAAAUCAACUAAAAGAAGAAGAUAAUAAUGAAUUGAAAAAUAUUGUCAUCACUGAAGGUGUUGAGGAAUGUGAUGUCCGAUGUUGUGGUAUUUGUGGCAAAAAUAUUAGCUCAGAGGACAACAGUUCAGCAAAACAACCGAUUAAAAACUCGACAAAUACUACCAACACAUACGGCAGCAUUAAUCCAGUGGUUGUCAUCAAUAUAUUCAAGGAUGAAGAUCCACACAUCGGAAUGGGAGGUGUUAUUAAUGAGGCUUUUCUUAAUGAAGAUGACACUCGUUAUGAUCUGAAAAUAAUACCUGAGGUUGAAGAAGAAGAUUCAAUAAAAAACCAAAAUAUUGAACAUCUAUCGAAAGGAGAGCUACCAUUUAGGCAGUCGUGGAGGACAUCAUCGAAAAGGUCGAUGUCUUCAAUGUUGUCACAUAUUUCUCACAAUUCAUCUCAAUUUCGAUCUCAUACACCUUCCCGAAGAAGAUCCUCAGCCGUCACCUCAAAUGCUAGUGAAAAGCGAAGAGAUAGCAUUCGGACAAUGCUUUUCGGUGAUCCGGGUUUGUCGUUACGACGGUUUAGUCAAGAUAUACGAAAUACUUAUCCAAAUGAAAACAAAGAGUUUAACGGAGAAAUCGAAACAUAUAAAGUCAUAUUUCUUCAGGUCUUUCUUCCCUUUCUUAUAGCAGGCUUUGGUAAUGUUGGUGCCGGUCUUAUACUUGAUUCUGUACAGCACUGGGAUGUCUUUAAAUCGGUGUCCGAGUUAUUUAUAUUGAUAGCUUCUUUUCUGGGAUUUAAAGGCAAUUUAGAGAUGACAUUAGCGGCCCGAUUGUCAACUCAGGCUAAUUUAGGAAACCUCGAUAAGCCGGCGCAACAGUGGGGACACGGCAUAGGAAAUAUUGUUUUAAUUCAAUGUCAGGCUAUAGUUGUGGCACUUUUGGCCGCACUGUUUGCUGUUGCAGUAAACACAGCUAAAGACUGGCAGUUUCAAUUGGAUCACUGUUUGCUAAUCUGUGCCACCAGUUUGAUCACAGCAUCGGUGACCGGUUUUUUUCUAGCCUCUCUCAUGAUAGCCGUAAUCAUACUGGCCCGAAAAGCGGGUGUCAAUCCGGACAACUGUAGCACUUUGAUCGCUGCGUUUCUCGGCGACAUAUCGGCAGUCAUAAUGUUGGCCGGAACAGCCAAACUGUUAUUUGAAGUACAACAUAUACGAUGGAUUGCACCGGCAUUUAUACUCAUUUUCAUUGCCAUACUACCGUUCCUAAUAAUAUUAGCAAAAAACAAUGAAUACACUCGAGAACUAAUUCAUCAGGGAUGGUAUCCUAUUAUUAUAGCAAUGUUUAUUUCAAGCAUCGGUGGCUUUAUUUUUGAUUUAGCUGUUAGUAUGUUUGAAACAAUUGCUAUAUUUCAGCCAAUCAUUAAUGGUGUCGGCUCUAAUCUGGUAGCGGUUCAGGCCAGCAGAAUAUCAACGUAUUUGCAUCAGAGGUGCUCUUUAGGUGAAAAGCCUCCUAACAGUUGCAAAGUGAGCACAAAAAUAUGUCAAUCGCCUCACAAUGUGUUUAUUGGCACCAUGCCUUUUUUGUGGACAAAGAAAAUAGAUCCCGAUAACAGUGCAAUUCCUGGCAUAAUGGCAAUGGGAGAUCUCAUUGGCACAGCUUUAUUGACCAUUGCAUACAUGGUUUUGGUCACUAUAGGAGAUCCAAAUACAUUAAGCAAACAAAUUGACGAAUAUUAUGAAAUUUAA